AUGGCUUUAGCUCGCGUUUGCAUCUGGCUUUCUUGCUGCUGCUGCCUCACGGUCGCCGCCGCUAAUGCCGCGGCCGCCGCUGCGGCCGCCGCCGCCGCCGCCGCCGGGCCGGCUGAAGCGGACGGGGACCCUUCCAAGGAGAUGGAGUGCAAGCUGAAGAGCAUCACCGUGUCGGCGUUGCCCUUCUUGCGGGAGAACGACCUGAGCAUCAUGCACAGCCCCUCGGCCUCCGAGCCCAAGCUCCUCUUCUCGGUCCGCAAUGAUUUUCCCGGGGAGAUGGUGGUGGUCGAUGACUUGGAGAACACCGAACUGCCCUACUUCGUGCUGGAGAUUUCAGGCAAUACAGAAGAUAUCCCAUUGGUGCGCUGGAGGCAGCAGUGGCUGGAAAAUGGCACCUUGCUCUUCCACAUCCACCAUCAAGAUGGAACUCCCAUCUCACCUGGCUUAGAACCCACAGAAGAACCCCAGAGUGAAUCAGCAGAAGAAGAGCUACGGAUCCUUCACAUCUCAGUCAUGGGAGGGAUGAUUGCCUUGCUGCUCUCCAUCUUGUGCCUGGUAAUGAUUCUCUACACACGCCGGCGUUGGUGCAAGCGCCGUCGAGUGCCGCAGCCCCAGAAGAGUGCCAGUGCUGAGGCAGCCAAUGAAAUUCACUACAUCCCCUCAGUGCUGAUUGGUGGCCAUGGCCGUGAGAGUCUGCGGAAUGCCCGGGUGCAAGGCCACAACUCCAGUGGGACUCUGAGCAUCCGAGAGACCCCAAUCCUAGAUGGCUAUGAAUAUGACAUUACUGACCUGCGCCACCACUUACAGCGAGAAUGCAUGAACGGGGGUGAGGACUUUGCCAGCCAGGUGACCAGAACACUGGACUCUUUACAGGGCUGUAAUGAGAAGUCAGGCAUGGAUCUAACGCCAGUUUUUACCUUAAAUUCUUCCUGUUCAGGAAGUGACAAUGCCAAGCUAUCCUUGAUGAACAAAUACAAGGAUAAUAUCAUCGCCACCAGCCCUGUGGACUCCAACCAUCAACAGGCAACUCUGUUGUCUCAUACAUCUAGCAGUCAACGCAAACGGAUCAAUAACAAAUCACGAGCUGGCUCUGCAUUUCUGAACCCUGAAGGGGAUUCUGGGACAGAAGCAGACAAUGAUCCUCAGCUGACCUUUUACACAGAUCCAUCACGGAGCAGGCGGCGCAGUAGAGUGGGUUCACCUAGGAGUCCAGUUAGCAAGACAACCCUGACGCUCAUCAGCAUCACCAGCUGUAUCAUUGGUCUGGUCUGUGCUUCUCAUGUGAAUUGUCCGCUUGUGGUCAAGAUAACACUUCAUGUUCCAGAGCAUCUUAUUGCUGAUGGGAGCCGGUUUAUCUUAUUAGAGGGGAGCCAGCUGGAUGCCAGUGACUGGUUAAAUCCUGCCCAGGUGGUUCUUUUCUCCCAGCAAAAUUCUAGUGGGCCGUGGGCCUUGGAUAUGUGCGCCCGACGGCUUCUUGAUCCCUGUGAACACGAGUGUGAUCCUGAAACUGGUGAGUGUCUUUGCUAUGAAGGUUAUAUGAAGGAUCCAGUGCACAAACACCUUUGCAUCAGGAAUGAAUGGGGCACAAACCAAGGGCCAUGGCCAUAUACCAUAUUCCAGCGGGGAUUUGAUUUGGUGCUGGGAGAACAGCCUUCUGACAAGAUAUUCAGAUUCACCUACACUCUCGGGGAAGGGAUGUGGCUGCCACUGAGCAAAAGCUUUGUGAUCCCACCUGCUGAAUUGGCCAUCAAUCCGUCAGCCAAGUGCAAAACUGAUAUGACAGUGAUGGAGGAUGCUGUAGAGGUCAGGGAGGAACUGAUGACUUCUUCCUCCUUUGAUAACCUGGAGGUUCUCCUAGAUUCUUUCGGCCCAGUCCGGGACUGCUCCAAGGACAAUGGGGGUUGCAGCAAGAAUUUCCGUUGCAUUGCAGAUCGGAAAUUGGACUCCACUGGUUGUAUGUGUCCUCCUGGUCUCAGCCCCAUGAAAGAUGGCACUGGCUGCUACAAUCGCCACAUAGGUGUGGACUGUUCGGAUGGGUUCAAUGGCGGUUGCGAGCAACUCUGUCUACAACAUAUGGUGCCUUUGCCAGAAGACCCUUCUUUGUACAAUAUCCUUAUGUUUUGUGGAUGCAUUGAAGAUUACAAGCUAGGUAUGGAUGGACGAUCUUGUCAGUUAAUUUCAGAGUCCUGUCCAGAGGGUACUGACUGUGAAGAGAGCCGAGAGCUGCCCAUGAAUCAAACUCUCUUUGGGGAAAUGUUCUAUGGUUACAACAAUCAAACGCGUGAGUUGGCACCUGGGCAGGUGCUGAAGGGAACAUUCAGGAUGAAUAACUUUGCUCGUGGCUUGGAGCAACAGCUGCCAGAUGGACUAAUGUUGGCCACCGUUCCACUAGAGAAUCAGUGCCAAGAGGAGCUGUCUGAGCCUACUCCUGAUCCAGAUUUUCUGACUGGGAUGGUGAAUUUCAGUGAGAUUUCUGGAUAUCCUUUGUUACAACAUUGGAAAGUUCGCUCUGUCAUGUACCAUGUUCGGUUGAACCAGAUGGCUACCUCUCAGUCUUUCGGCAAUGCCCUUCAUUCUCUGGAUGGAGCGACAUCUCGGGGAGAUUUUGUGGCUCUGCUGGAUCAUUUUGGCAACCACUAUAUACAGGAAGCUGUCUAUGGAUUUGAGGAAUCCUGCUCUAUCUGGUAUCCCAACAAGCAAGUCCAAAAACAGCUCUGGCUGGAGUAUGAAGAUAUUAGCAAAGGUAACUCCCCAUCAGAUGAAUCUGAAGAGCGUGAGCGAGAUCCCAGGGUCCUCACUUUUCCAGAGUACAUUGCCAGUUUGUCGGAAUCAGGGACCAAACGCAUGGCAGCCGGAGUGCGCAUGGAGUGCCAAAGCAGGGGCCGCUGCCCCUCAUCCUGUCCUUUGUGUCACGUGACCUCUAGCCCAGAUGCUGUGGCUGAACCCAUCCUCCUGGAGGUCACAAAAGCAGCACCCAUCUAUGAGUUAGUCAUCAACAAUCAGACUCAGAAGCUGCUGCAAGAGGCCACCAUGAGUUCCCUGUGGUGCUCAGGCAGUGGAGAUGUCAUUGAGGACUGGUGUCGGUGCGACUCAAGUGCAUUUGGUGCAGACGGGCUUCCAGCCUGUGCACCCCUCCCACACCCUGUGCUAAGGUUGUCCACAGUUCAUGAGCCUAGCAGUUCCCUGGUGGUGCUGGAGUGGGAGCACUCAGAGCCACCAAUCGGAGUGCAGAUUGUUGAUUACCUCAUCCGCCAGGAGAAGAUCACUGACCGCUUAGACCAUUCAAAGGUGGAAACUGAGAUGGUGCUGAGUUUUGUGGAUGACAUAAUCUCUGGAGCCAAAUCACCCUGUGCGAUGCCGGCCCAGGUGCCCGACAAGUUGUCUACAACCAUUUCCUUGAUCAUUCGUUGUCUGGAAUCUGACACUAUGUACAUGUUCACACUUUGGGGUGUGGAUAACACAGGGAGACGCUCAAGGUCAAGUGAUGUGACAGUGAAGACUCCUUGUCCAGUUGUGGAUGAUGUCAAGGCCCAAGAAAUAGCUGAUAAGAUCUACAACCUCUUUAAUGGCUACACUAGUGGAAAAGAGCAGCAAACAGCCUACAAUACCUUACUGGACUUGGGCUCCCCAAGUCUUCACCGGGUCCUCUAUCACUACAACCAGCACUAUGAGAGCUUUGGGGAGUUCACUUGGCGCUGUGAGGAUGAACUGGGACCUCGAAAAGCUGGGCUUAUCCUCUCCCAGCUUGGGGAUCUAAGUACCUGGUGCCACAGUCUUUUACAAGAGCCCAAAAUCAGUCUUCAGCGUACAACACUCAAAUUCCUUGCCUGCCGCUACAGUGAGAUCAAGCCAUAUGGAUUCAAUUGGCUGGAGCUGAGUCGUGACCUGAAGAAAACUUGUGAGGAGCAGAUGCUGAGUGUUCUUUACAAUGACUAUGGAGACAAAGACAACUGAGCAGGCUCAUGGAAAGACAUCAAAAGAACUUCCUCAGCAUUGUGGAAGACAGGGAGUUUAUAGGAGCAGGUUGUUGGGGUUUUUACAUGGAUAUUCAAACACCAGAUAGAUCUCUAAUGACAGUGUUGCUUAGACAGAGAGAUCACGUUGUUUCUGUUGGCUUCGCUGAUUUCACAUGGUGCAAAGCUUUCCCACAUUUGCAAGUGAUGUGAUAUCUAGUGUGGUGGUGGUUAUGGGAGAUGUCCUCUUUGGAAUGGGGGAAUUGCUCUGCUCAUUUUGCCAAGAUGUUCCUUAGCCUUGUGUGUCAAGGUAUCACUGCAUGUGUGUGGUUCACCGAGAAAAUACUCCUAGAACAGCAGCCUGUUCCACACACAUACACCAUUGACACAAGGACACACACAGACUCGCAUGAAAUAGAACAGAAUAACCAAAGCUAACAAAAUAAGGAAUCUCUUUGGGGAUCUAAACAAAUCAGCAACAGGAAGAAGAAUGAAAGCAUGCUCAGAGGAAAGGAUAAAAUACAUAGAAUGAAUUAACUAAGUAUCUUCCAGAGAAAAAUUCCUUUAUGUGAUGUCUGCCUCAUCUCCUUUUAUAGCAGCCAUUCCUUUGUUAUGUCACUCUUGAAUACCUUGCUAGGGUAGCUGGAGCAUCUCCCCUUGCAGUCCCCAUUUGGAUGUGCCUCACUGAGACACAUUACAAGUUGAUGAAAGAUCACAAAGAUGCCGAAUGGCAUAUUCCACAACAUAAUUUAGGAGCUUCCAUAGCUUCAAAUGCGCCAGACAAAACUAAAAUCAGAGCAUCUGGUGUGUAACAAAACUCAAUUUUGCCACUAGGAAAUGCAAAUAAAAUAAAGUACAGAAGCUGAAAUUAUUUGAUAGGGAAACCUAUCAUUUAUAUUUGAGCUAUUAGAUGCAAACUUUAAAACAAAAUUUGGAAUAACUUAACACACGGCCAUUCAGCCUAUACUAGUAGUUAUUAAGACUUGGUUGCAAACAGUGCAAUAACAUGAAGUGGGAAGAAAGGCUGAUUGUAUAUGGAGGGCAAGGUGGAUGAUCAUCCAUGGUUAUAGGGUAGGAAGAGAGAAACUCUUCAUUUUCUUUUAGAAGCAACUCAUCUUAUAGGGUUGCUGCAUUUGGAACAAGGCUUUGCAUUCUGGAUUAUGCAGUUUCAAUCAGUUUCUGCACAUUCAGCAUUUAGUUACCGGGAUAUAUAAUUGGAUAUAUAAUAUCCAAAAUAUAUGAAUAUCUGGUAAAAUUCUUUGCAGAUGAUACUGCUGAGCCAGAAAACAGUUGGCUGAGGGGGACUGUGAUUUGCUGAAGAGCUUCACCUAUGGUUGGCUGCGGUGGCCAAAUGCUUCUCUCACCUCCUCAAGAGUCAUUUAAAGCAGGCUUCUCUGCCAUCCAAAUGGUGGGGCAUUGGGUAUUGCUGAACAUGCUCACAAAGGAGAUGGUAACAGGAAGCCUUAGAGCCCAGACAGUGUCCAGUAGGAUUAAUAUCCUUGCAGCAUAUCCAGUUAUCCUAGUAACCUACCUGUCCAGUUCUAAGGGUUUCUUGUUGCCCUGUAUAUACUCUGCAAAUAUUCUGAGCCAAGAACUUCUCAGGGAAAUUAUGAGCUGGAGAAACCUUUAUCGGCACCAGGUAAUAAUGAUCUUCAGGAACAUAGCUAGAAUCAGUAAGAUGAGGCAUGGCUAAAUUCAGCUCAGCAAUUUUUCAUUUGCCACUGGUAACGAAAGAAACCCCAAAAAAUGAGAGCUCCAAUCAAGUAAGCCAAGAUUUCAGCACUAAAAAAGGCAACACACUCUUGUUAUGGCUCUGAUAGGAAUGAGGGGACCUCAAACAUCUGACAGCUUUGAUUUCCCCUCAUUCCAUCAAAAUCUAAUGCUUCUUUCAAAAUACUUGGAAACUUGGUAGUUAUGUACAUAUAUGUUCUACCAAACAAUAUUUGCCUGGUCCCAAGGAUACUUUCAGAUUUCAGGUGUCUGAAUGUACUUCUACGAUGUAACAAAGUCUACUCUGGAAUACAUUGCAGAACAUGUUCUGAGAAAAUCGUGCAUUUUUAAAGCCUUCCUUAUUAAAUUGUUAGUUUAUUAAAGGACCCUGGGAUUAGAGGCAAUUUUAGCAGGA